GGAGCGUGCACGUCGUUCCCCGCCCUCCCGCCACCGCCCGCCCUCGCUCGCUCGCGCUCCCAAGCCCGCCGCCCUCCGUCGGUUCUCUCGGUAGUCCGCCUUCGCCUCUGGAGCUAUCCGCCCUAGUCUUCGAUCUUGCGACUCGCGGGCAGGAGUCCUCAGCGUGAAGAGGCCGGACUCGGGGAUCGUCGCCGAGCCUUUCAUCUGAGAAGUUCAAGGUACUUUAUACUUAAAGUUUGCUACACAGGCCGUGCGUUUUGCAGUACAUUUGUAAGACAGGGUCUCCUUAAGUUGCCUGGACUCAAGUAAAAUUUAGGAUUCUCCUGUUGAGCUUCCCAGAGUACCAGGAUUACAGCAAUGGCUGCCAUCCGAAAGAAACUGGUAAUUGUUGGUGAUGGAGCUUGUGGUAAGACAUGCUUGCUCAUAGUCUUCAGCAAGGACCAGUUCCCAGAAGUAUAUGUUCCCACAGUGUUUGAGAACUAUGUGGCAGAUAUUGAAGUGGAUGGGAAACAGGUAGAGUUGGCUUUGUGGGACACGGCUGGACAGGAAGAUUAUGAUCGCCUGAGGCCUCUCUCUUACCCAGAUACUGAUGUUAUACUCAUGUGUUUCUCCAUUGACAGCCCUGAUAGUUUAGAAAACAUCCCAGAAAAAUGGACCCCAGAAGUGAAGCAUUUCUGUCCCAACGUACCCAUUAUCCUGGUUGGGAACAAGAAGGAUCUUCGGAAUGAUGAGCACACAAGGCGGGAGUUAGCCAAGAUGAAACAGGAGCCAGUAAAACCUGAAGAAGGCAGAGAUAUGGCAAACAGGAUUGGCGCCUUUGGAUACAUGGAGUGUUCAGCAAAGACCAAAGAUGGAGUGAGAGAAGUUUUUGAAAUGGCCACGAGAGCUGCUCUGCAAGCCAGGCGUGGGAAGAAAAAAUCUGGGUGCCUUGUCUUGUGAAACCUUGCUGCAAGCACAGCCCUCAUGCGGUUAAUUUUGAAGUGCUGUUUAUUAAUCUUAGUGUAUGAUUACUGGCCUUUUUCAUUUAUCUAUAAUUUACCUAAGAUUACAAAUCAGAAGUCAUCUUGCUACCAGUAUUUAGAAGCCAGCAAUGAUUAUUAAUGAUGUCCAACCCAUCUGACCUGCCAGGGUCCUUCCAACACUGCUCUAACAGCCCUUUCUGCACUCCACCUGACACACCAGGCGCUAAUUCAAAGAAUUUCUUUACUUCUUGCUUCUCUCUAGAGACAGUUGGUAACUUUUGUGAAUUAGGCUGUAACUACUUUAUAACUAACAUAUCCUGCCUCUAUAAUCUGUCAGUUGCAGGGAAUUCUGAGUCCCCACUUCAUAGCCUUACUCCUCAUGGAGUUCACUGCAUGGCUCUGGGGCAGGCAUCCAGUUUUUUUGAAAACAUGCUCAGCCAGAAGCCCCAUGUCCAUGCAGCUGUGGCAGAGUUACAGUUCUGUGGUUUCAUGUUAGUUACUUUAUAGUUACCAUGUAAUUAGUGGCACUUAAUGUAUGUUACCAAAAAUAAAUAUAUCUACCCCAGACUAGAUGUAGUAUUUUUUUCGAGGCAGGUGCUUAUGCCCCUGAGCUAAAUCCCCUAGAUGUAGUAUUUUUUGUAUAAUUGGAUUUCCUAAGACUGAUAUUUGUCAUCCCCACAGAGAAUGUAUUGGUGUUUUGUUUUGUUUUGUUUUGUUUUGUUUUUUUAAACAAGAAAGUGUAUUUGGAAAUAAAGUCAGAUGGAAAAUUCAUUUUUUAAAAAUUCCCAUUUUGUCACUUUCUCUGAUACCUAAAGGCUGUUGCCUCUCUCUGGACCCACAUAUCCCAGUGUUCCUUUCUAGAACUGGGUACUAGGAAUUUGGUUUGAAGAUGGCAUAGCCUUUCUCACCUGGACUGCAGGGCCUGGCUCUAAUUCACAGUGCUCCUUUCUCCUCACUAUUGGGGUGCCCUUCCCGAGAAGCCGUUGGUUCUCAGGGAUGACACUUGGUUUUUCUCUUCUCUCCAGCUGACUAAACUUUUUUUCUGUACCAGUUAAUUUUUCCAACUAAUAGAAUAAAGGCAGUUUUCUAAA